AUGGCAAAACAAAACUCGAACCCGAAUCCCAACAGUAGAAACACUGCACACAUGCCGCCACCGCACGAGGAGCAGGACUUCAACCUCACGGAGACGCGGCCGAGUCUCGGCGGAGGGAGAAUCUCCAGUUCCGACCGCGGCGGCACCGCCUUCGACCUGGUGGAGCAAAUGGACUACCUCUACGUUCGGGUCGUCAAGGCCCGGGCGCUUCCGGGCAGCCCCGACUCGUUCGUGGAGGUCAAACUCGGCGGCCUCAGGGCAGCCACCAGGAACUUCGAGAACACGUCAUCUCCGGAGUGGAAUCAGGUCUUCUCCGUGCUCAAAGACCGCAUCCAGUCUCCGGUCACCGAGGUUCUGGUCAAGAGCAAGCCCAAAAACGGCGGCGAUGGUUUCAUCGGGAGGAUUCUUGUCGACGCCAUUGACGUCCCGAGGAGGGUUCCGCCGGACAGCCCUCUGGCGCCCGAAUGGUACAGGCUGGAGAACUCGAAAGGCGAGAGGGUCGCCGGGGAAUUGAUGCUCUCUAUCUGGAUGGGCACUCAGGCCGAUGAGGCUUUCUCGGAAGCUUGGCACUUGGACACCACGGCUGUUAAUGGCGACGGCGUUUCCAGCAUCAGGUCCAAGGUAUAUUUAUCCCCACGCCUUUGGUACUUGAGGGUUAACGUGAUUGAGGCUCAGGAAUUGCAGCUGGGUGACAAAAACCGUCACCAGCCCGAAAUCAUUGUUCGGGCCCAACUCGGUAACUUGAUUUCAAGAACCAAAAUCUCCCAGAGCAAGAAUUUAAAUCCCUUAUGGAAUGAGGAUUUGAUGUUUACUGUAGCCGAGCCUUUUGAUGAGCAACUGAUUUUGUUUGUUGAAGAGACAAUAGGGAAUAACAACAAAAGGGAGGAAUUAGGCCACUGUGUGGUCUCUCUGCAGGGGGUCGAAAGAAGGCUCGAUUUCAAGGCGCCCAUGAGCCGUUGGUAUAACCUUCAGAAGCACACAGUUUUAGAAAAUGGGCAGAGGAGUACGAAGGGAUUGAACAGUAGACUUCACCUGAGGAUGAGUUUGGAUGGUGGAUAUCAUGUUCUUGAUGAGCUAACUCACUAUAGUAGUGAUUUGAGGCCCACCGCCCGCCAGCUUUGGAAGCCUGCCAUUGGGGUUCUCGAAUUAGGAAUCUUGAACGCUCAGAACCUCGCGGCUAUGAAAACGAGGGACGGCCGGGGAUACACCGAUGCUUACUGCGUGGCCAAGUACGGGCAGAAAUGGAUUCGGACGAGGACGAUCCUCAACACAUUCGACCCGAAAUGGAAUGAGCAGUACACAUGGGAGGUAUUUGACCCAUGCACCGUCAUCACAAUCGGCGUUUUCGAUAAUUCUCAGCUGCAGGGGCAAAAUGGGAACAAAAAAGACUCGAGGAUAGGGAAAGUUCGAAUUCGGCUCUCCACGCUCGAGACCAACCGGGUGUACACUCACAUGUACCCGCUCAUUGUGCUCUCCCCCACAGGGGUUAAGAAGAUGGGGGAAAUCCAAUUGGCAGUGAGGUUCUCUUGCGCAUCUCUAUUGAAUAUGCUGUCUAUGUACGGCCGACCAUUGUUGCCGAGCCUUCACUACCUUCACCCGCUGAGCUGUCACAACAUUGAGAUUCUAAGACAUCAGGCAACUCAGAUAGUGUCGGCCCGGGUGAGCCGGGCAGAGCCCCCACUGAGAAAAGAGGUGGUGGAGUUCAUGCUCGACGUGGGGUCCAAUGUGUGGAGCGUGAGGAGGAGCAAAGCCAAUCACUUCAGGGUGGCCCGCAUCAUGUCCGGCUUGGCAAAGCUGUCGAGGUGGUUCGACCGGAUAUGCGCGUGGUACAGCCCGUUCACCACAGUCUUGGUCCACAUUCUAUUCCUAGCGUUCGUGUGCUUCCCGUGGAUGAUCCCGAGCACGGUUUUCUUGUACCUUUUCUUGAUCGGGAUGUUGAAGUACCGGUGGAGGCCGAGGCACCCGCCCCACAUGGAUGUGAAACUGUCUCAGGCGGACACAGCCCAAAAUGACGAGCUGGAUGAGGAAUUCGACUCGUUCCCCACAUCUCUAAAGCAGGUCGAGGUUUUGAAAAUGAGGUAUGAUAGGCUGCGAGCCAUUGCGUCAAGGGUUCAGACGGUGUUGGGGGAUUUGGCCACUCAGGGGGAGAGGCUGAACAAUCUGCUGAGCUGGCGCGACCCGAGGGCCACGGCUUUGUUCCUUAUGUUCUGUUUGGUCGCGUGUGUGGUGCUGUAUGUGGCCCCGCCUAAGGCCGUGUUUGUUGUGGGUGGGUUUUACACGAUGAGGCACCCGAGCUUCAGGGACCGGAUGCCUUUGCCGCCCGUGAAUUUCUUGAGGCGGUUGCCGGCGAGAACAGACGGCUUGCUGUGA